AUGCGCGCUGCUUUGCAACGCCACAAUUCCUCCGCCUCAACGCCGGCCAUUCCAUCGACGGCGGCCGAACAAUUGCACGUCAACUUGUAUGUUUUCGAUGGUCAACCGCCGUAUAAAAGUGUUAAGGUAGGUAGAUGAAUGUGAAUUCUUCAGGCAUACUCGAGUUUGGGUUGGCAAUUUUUUUUCUAAGGAAUGCCAAAAUAGGGUAGGGUAAAGUACAGUUUUUUAAUGGUUUUUUACUUGAACCGUGAACGACAGGGCCAGACUAAACAGUGAAGUAAGGGUAGAGAAAGAACAGGCUUGGUCUAGCAAGUUAGGAUAAGGGAGAGCAGAGUAGGGUUGGGUAGAGUACACUGCAAUACUGUACAGUACGGUACAGUAAAGUAAGUCUAGUGUACAUAAGUUAGGAUAAGGUGGAGCAGAGUAGGGUAGGGUUGGGCAGAGUACACUACAUUACAAUACAGUAAAGUAAAGUGCAGUAAAGUAAGUUAGGACAAGAAAAUAUAGGGUAAAGCAGUCUAAGCAAUUACAAUGUAAAGUAGGCCAGAUAAAACGCUGUAAUCCAUACGUAAUAUUUCCAAAAAUAAAAUUUUUAGCACUAUUUUUAAAUUAAUUUCUGCUAUAUUUUUAAAAUUUUGAUUCUAAAAUCUAAAUGUAAAAUGUUUAAAAAUACAAUUUUCUUAUGUUGUCAUACACGCGACAUACAUACGUAAAUGUAGUUUGAUCAUUUUGCGAAUUUACUUACACUUUUGACAGUUUUAACGAGUUUAUUCGAAUUUCGAUAAUGUUUUGUCACUUUUCAAUUAAACGUACAAAAGGUUAUUGUGACUAGACUUGAAAGGGGACAGUGACCACCACUUCUGGCGUCGCUAGGGGGGGAGGGGGGGGGGUGGAUCCAUAUCCCCCCCCUUCCAGCCGAUCCGAAAAAAAAAUUCACAUGUAGGAAAUACUGUACACGAAAAAUCAUAGAGUAGGCUAGGGAAGGGUAAGGUAGGGUAGGGUAGAGUAGGGUAGGGUAGGGUAGGGUAAGGUGAGAUAAGGUAAGAAAAAGCAGGGCAGGCUACGGUGCAGUAGCUCAGGUUAGAGUUUCAAUUCGAACCCCUCGACCUCAGUUUAUGUUCUUCAACCUCCGUUCUGUUGCUCCACGAGUAUGUAACCAUGUGUUCUUUGUAAUCAUCAUCUUCUUCGUUUUCUAUUUUUCACAUCCUGUUGCAUCCCCAGAAAAAUGCAAUGAAUAUUUUAUUUUCACGAUCCCACCAAGUUCGAAAAACAUAAUUUCUCGGAAUGAGGCGUGUGUUUAAUAUUUGUCCUGAACCUUGGGCUUACACGUGGGCUUGAAGGUUGAGUUUGUAUGGAGAUAGGUUUAUGUAGAAAAAAAAUUUGAGAACACUGUUAAUUAAGGAGAGAGAAAGCAAAGCAAAAAAUAUUUUUUUCGGGGGGGGGGUGUAAAAUUUUUUUUUACUUUUUUUUUGAUUUUUUGUUUGAAAUUAACAGGGAGGGCUACGUUUAAAAUUUAAAAAAAAUUUAUUACUACUCUCUCUUUUCUCCUCUCAUCCUUUUUUGCUUCUCUACCACUACCGGCAACCUUGUAUAGUAGUGCAUAGAAACUUAUGUACGCGCGAAUUGCAGUAAAGAAAGUAUAGAGAAACUUGUGGCACUUUAUCUAACCAUAUAAGGUACCGUAUUUUUCUUAAGUACGAGCCAAAUAGAUAGAUUCAUAAGACCACAUUAGGUAGCAAACUUUCAUAAGCGAGCAGAACAUACAUUCAGUAACACCGCUUGUUUAUUUGUCUUUCUGGAUCAGACAUUCGUGCUAUUGAAACCUCACGUGCGCUUUAUUAAUGCGUUCCGCCGAAAUUGGAUUUGUCAUACUUUUCGUACUCGUGCGGGUUUAGUGAGGCUACAAUUGUUGAUCGUGACAAGUUUAAUUAUGAUUGUGUUUUAUCAUUAUGUUUUUGUUUUAUGGUUAAUCAUAAGUUCAUUGGAGGUUGUUCUAUGGACUAGUCUGAAGUCUCGUUCUAGGACAAUUAUAGUAUGAUAGCAUAAACUUUGUCACGAUCAUUAAUUGGAGAAAAUUGUAUUUUUGUAUGUGUCAGCGUGAUGACAUUUAACUUAUUUUGUAUUGAAUUGCACGAACACAGAGGUGUGGAGUUGUUUUGUACAGUAUUAUUUAUAUUGUAAUGUGACUUUUAGCUAUUAUAGGCAUGAAAAAAAGCUGAGCUAGAAUUUUUUUUAGCUUUUUAUGUCAAGUCUGACGCAGUUAAAUUUUUUUUUAAAUUGGUUAAAUGAAGAAUAGCUUUUAAAUGCAUCACAUAUGGAGUAGGACCAGGGAUUAAACUUGAGCUAUAGCUAUAAUUAUCGUCAUGGCUAUGGAUGGAUAGGGCUUGGGCUCUGGCUUGGACUAGAGCCAGGGUUGACGAUAGGGUUAGCGCUAGGGAUCGGGCUAUAGCUAUGGUUAUGCCUUGAAGCAGAGUCAGAGUUAGAGCCAGAACGAGAGCUGGAGCCAGAGCUAGAGUGAGAGUUAGAACUGGAGCCAGAGCUGGAGCUAACGUCAAAGCAAGGCUAGGGAUAGGACUAGCUAGGGCACGUUUGAUCAAACAAAUAGUAUUGAAGCCAGACAAAAGCAAUAUUGUUAUUUAAAUUAGUUUUACUGGGAAAAUUAAUGCACUUACAUUUUGUAGCGUUUGAAGUAUCCAUUAACUUUAAACUGUUCAUAGCGAAAGUGAAAUUGAAAAAUUAAAAAAUUUCUAUAAAAUCUAGAUUUUUGUUUUUAAAUUUUAAUUGGGCUUUCUUUGAUAUUUUUUUAAAUUUUAAAUUGGCCUUGUUUUUUCGUUUUUUUAACUGUAUGUUAAUAUAGGUACAGUGGAAUAAACCGUAUGUUGAUACUUGGUACUUAUAUUGGUAUAGAUACAGUGGAGGCACUAUUUGUUUAUUGAGAUACAGUAUGUCUUUACAGACACUGUAGAGGUAUUGCAUGCCCAUAGAGGUACAGUAGAGGUACUGUAUGCCUAUAUAGGUACUGUAGGAACACUUUAUAAAGUGCCGACAUAAAGAACCCGCCAUACUUCUCAAGAAGGUUCUGUAAUUUCCUGUAAAAAAUGGCGGGUUCUUUAUGUCAGCACCUAAUAUUUUCAAAAAUAGAACUUUCGUUUUUAUUCUUAUGAAAUUUGUUCUACGCUCUCUAUAUAUAACGUUGAAACGAUGGCAGAAAAGUAAAACGGUUUAAUGGGCGUGGCCGGCUCGGGAUAAAGAAAAUAUUUGUCGGGAUUUUCACUUUUUCGCAAAUUUUUCCUGCGCCGAAACUUGUGGAAUGUUUUGGGGCGGAGCGGAGCCGCAAAAUUUGUCGCAUUUGCUUUUAUGUUUUGUCGGAAAAAUGGUUUAAAUCGGGACAGAAUGUGCAUUGAAAAUGAGUUUUAUGGUUUUAAUUUUAGGUUUUAUAAAUUUUUUUUAAAUUUUGUUGUUUGAAGGUACUUUAUAGUACAGUGCUCUCUUUAUAUAGUGAACCAUCUGUAUAAGCAACUCUUCUUAUAGUAAACAAGAAAUUUAGCCCCGCCAAGUCAACUUGCACUAAAAAGCCUCUCUGUAAAGACAACACCCCUUAUAGUAAACAAAAAACGUCGAUCCUUUCGUGUUGUUUAUAUAGAGAGAGUACUGUACUAUAGUUUUUUUCAGAUAGAAAUUUAGUUUGGGCGUAGGGUAGGGUAGGCCAGAAUAUGGUGUGACAGAAAAGUAGAUUAAGAUGUUAGGGUAAGGUAGGUACGACAGAGUAGUAGCGUAAACAAGGCAAGAUAGGAUAGUGUAAAAUACGGUAGCGCAUCGGAAGACAUUCAAAUAGGGAAGGGUAAAAUGAAAGAAAGAAAAAAGAACUUUUAAUAUUAAAGACUUUAACGCCAAUUUUCAACUUUUAAAUUUUAGGUAACAUUUCACUAUAUAUUGGCAAAAAGACUAUCUUUUUUAGUUUUUGAGCCUAGAAAACUUAAAAAAUGUUUUUGAGAGCGCAAAGAUCUUUAGGAAGAAUAUUGAACAUUCAGCUGUAUAAAUAAUGGAUAUCAAUGAAAUAAAUAAGUAAUGACAACACUUUUGAUCGUGUUAUAAGUAAAUUGAAUUUUCAUCAUAAUACGGGUUAUUGGGGCUCUAAAUUUUUUUCAUUUUUUCAAAUUAUUUUUGAUUUUUUGAAAAUUUUUAAAAUUAGCCAAACUCAAAAUUUUAAAAUUUUUUAAAUUUGUCAAACUUAAAAUGUUAAAAUUUUUAGUUUUUAAAUUUUUUGAAAUUUAAAUUUUUUUUGCUUUAAAACUUUUUUUUACUAAUAUUUUUCGCUUUCGCCCGCUACAAAACCAAAGUUGUAAACAUCCACCCCCGCCUAGUCUUAUAAGUGCCAUAUUAUUCAUGUAGAAUGCCAAAAAUAUAACUGUUCACAACUCAACCUAAACUGAAUUAAAAAGUAAUUAGUCGGUAGCAAAAAUAUAUUUUUUGUUGUAUUGUACGCACGCGAGUCGUGUGACUGACUUUGUAGUAUUUAUGUUCACCUUGAGAACACUUGAGUACUUUACUUUAUGGAUCCAAAUUCAUAUUUUGUGUCAUAUUGGUUUAGUUAUUGGUUUUCAGUUUAGUAUUUUUCUUGUUUUAGAUUUUUCUUAGGGUGGGAUUUUAAUUUUUUUAGUUUAUGAGGGGGGGGAUCUUUUAGCUUUUUGAUGUUGCACUAGCCUUAGCAUAGCUUUACUAUUCGCCUUAGACCUAAAAUGUUCUAAACUUAAAUUUUUUUCAGAUUGAAGUAAUAUCAGGCCGAACCCUAAUCGACACGCUCACCCCUUUCCUAACCGAGAACGGCGUAGGUCCAAAUCACGUUGACAUUUUCGUUGAAACCUCAAAAACACCCCUCCCGGCAAUAAGUCCAGCCGAAUAUUUGGUUGGACAGCGAUUGACAAUAAAGCCGAAACCAAUGCAUCAAGCGUCGAUUGAAAGCCAAUUCUUGGCCGCUUCGAAUCUUACUGUAACUUCAAAUGCGUCGCUAAGGAGUAUUAACACAUUGGUUAGUCAUAGUGUUGAUGAGGCUGAAAUACGGUCGUUGGACGACAAUGAUACUGCUCACUUAUUGCCUAGUAGCUAUCAUGAUCGGGUAGGUGUUGGUUUGUUGUUUAUAGUUUUAUUAGGUGCCGUCAUAAAGAACCCGCCAUACUUUGCCUGUAAUUUCCUGUAAAAAAUGGCGGGUUCUUUAUGUCGGCACCUAAUAUUAGAGGGUUUUAAAAAAGUUUUGUCGUCAAUUUCCAUUGCCUUAUGGGGUAAACAACGACAAAACAUUUUUGGCAACAAAAUUUUUGAUUUUAAAAUUGAAAUUUCAAAGUUUUGAAAAGUUCCAAAAAAUUUAAAUUUAUAUUUUCCUUGACCACCACCUAUCAUUCUCUAUAAAAACCGUUCGCCAACCCCAAACACAAGAACGUAAACAAUCGUAUGUCCACUAUUACUUCACAGUAUUGUAUGAGGAAUUCAGGCCCGAUUGGUCGGGAUUAACGGCGCAAAGACGCGCAAUUUUUGGACUUUGAAUACAAACAAAACUCGCGUUAAGCUAGCUCGGUUUAGAUAUAGUUGAAUCAUUUUUAAAUCGGUAGAGAUUUUGGGCAUCUUCAGGUAGGGUUUUGGGGGGUAGGGGCAAAUUUUAGUGUAAAUGUUAGUCAAAUGAGCGCUUUUUUAAAAAAAUUGAAUGUAAGCUAUAAUAUUUAGUAAAAAAAUUGUUACUGUAGGGUAUGUUAAGGUUUUUCUGGUACAAUACGAUAUGACAGAGUAUGUUACUUAGGCCAGACUUACAGCAUAGCUGAUGACGAGCUAAGGUCGAGACAAAAUAAGGGUAGGAUUAGGCCUAGAACUGGGGUUAGAACCGGGGCAAUGGCCAGGGGAGCUAAAGCGAACCCUAGCGUAGGUCUAAGGCCAAGCUUAGGUGUAGGCUAAAACUAGGGUUAGGACUAAAGCUAGGGCUAAAAUUACAGCUAGAACAAGGGCUAGCGUAGGGCUAAGGCCAAGUUUAGGAAUAGAGCUAGGGCUAAAAAAUAAGCCUACAGAAUUUUUAUUUGGUGCCGACAUAAAGAACCCGUCAUUUUUUACAGGAAAUCACAGGAAAAGUAUGGCGGGUUCUUUAUGUCGGCACUUAUAAAAACCUAUUGAAAAACAAAAAAGAAUUUUUUGCUUUGGGUUUAGCUUUCAAAACAAUCUUGUUGAACUUUACAUUAACAAUAAGUAUGACAUAACUCUCUUCUACUUUCUAUUAUCGUUAACACAUGUGUGGAUUUUUUAAUAAGCUUAAGUAGUUUUUUGGGUUUGUUGUUUGCUGUAGUUACUUUUCCUACUUCCCAGACGAAAUUAUGUGUUGAUUAAAGAGAUUAUUAUUAGGUUUGGGUUAUUUUUCUUGCAAGACAUUGCUGGACUGUGAACAGUUUGGUUUUGAUUUUGUGGUCUGCGCCUUGUAGGACGAGUCUGGCUUGUCUUAUUCUUACUUAAAAAACUUUUUUGUCUUGGUUUUUUUAAUUUUUUUUAUUUUCAUGCCUUUUGAUACCAAAAAAUUUUUAAAAAAAAUUUUAUUAAUUUUUUUAAUUUAGCGAAAAAUUUAAAUUCUAAAUUUCAGGCCUCCUCCUCACGCCAAAACCUCAAUCCGAUGAGUUUCUACGAGAAUCAACAACAUUCCACCGUGCCUCGACGCAAAGGCUCGCUGAAUGUUGAUUCAGCGCGCGAACACUCUCAAGAGGGUCGCGAUGUUUGUCGGUUCCCGAGUCAGUCGAGUAUGAGUGGAAGUUUAAACGGUACACGACGCAUGCGUGCCCCCAGCACUUCACGGCGUAUGAUUUUGUUUGGGAAGGUAAGAUUGAAAGAUCGUUAAAAAGAAUAUUGAACAACAACGAUGUUAAUACAUUAAUAUACAUAACACUACGUAUUUAAAAAACUAUAAAGUACUUUAUGAUAAAGCUAAAGUAAGAUAAGCUUGGGUAUGUUAAGGUAGGAUAGGGUCGGGUAAGUUAGGGUAGUGUAAGGUAAGGUAGAGUAGAGUAGGGUAAAUUAAGGCUUUACCUCAAACUUUAUACCUUAUCAUACAGUAACAUCUCUCUCAUUUCAGGAAAAAGAACGAGAACGCUUCAUAGACCAACUAAACGCAACAUACAGUAUUUUUUCCGAAUUACCGGUACCAUCCUACCUCGACAUUCCAGACGACUUUACCGAUCUAGUCAAGCCAGAACUGAUAACCGACCUACAAACCAGAAAGCAUCAAGCUGCCAUCUGGGAAGUUGUGACAAAAGAACGGCGCUAUAUUGUUAUGUUGAAGAUCAUGUGUGAUUUGCAUAAAACUUUGUUAAAUAUCAAGUCUGAGAACUACUUGACUGAAAUUGAUGAUCGAAGUGUGUUUUUGAAUUUCGAUGAGAUUUACCAAGCCACAUUGGACUUUUGGCGACGAGGCAUUUUGCCUAUGUUACAGCAUUCGAGGUAGGAUUAUAAGACAAAGCUUUUUUUAGUUGUUUAAUGUUUAAAAAAGUCUUGUUGUCGAUUUGCACUGAAUUAUAUAGCGAAAAACGACAAGACUUUUCCAAGCCGAUCUAACUUUAAAACAGACCCCUAAAAUAGCCAAAACGACAUAAUAUUUGCAACUUUUAACCAAAAUCUUAUAGUUCCCAAAACUUAUUGACCAUUCCCGUAGGCGUGUAACUCAAAAAGCAUAGUAAACACCGCGGAAGAUGUUUACAUCCGUUUUAACUUUGGAAAAUUGAUACCAAACUUCUUAAAUGCAAUCUCUUGUUUACGUCAAAUGCGACAUUUUACAACAAGCUAAAGUUACAAUUUUAGCUAUAUUACAAUUUUCGUUUGAAAAAAUUUUAAUUGUGCUUGACAAAAUGCAAUUUUUACUCAAAAAUAUUACAAUUUUGAAGUAGAAGAAUUGUAAAAUGAAGGCAAAAAAUGUAAAAGAGUGCGUGUUAAACAAGUUCAAAUUGAGUUGUUACGAAUGGAAGAAAAAAGAUUGUAGUAAUUAGACCGUAGACACCGGAUUUCAUAAUGUAGAGCAUGACCUUUGCAUGUGUAGACAAAAAAAUCUGGAUUAUCUGCAUUAAUAGUUCUACUCUAGCCCUAGCCUUGGCGUUAGCCAUAGGCUUAUCUCUAGCUUUAGCCAUAUGCUUGUCUCUAGCUUUAACCAUAUGCUUAUCUCUAGCUUUAACCAUAUGUGUAAUCAUAGCCCUGGCCUUAUGUCUAUAGUCUUACCCUACUAUAGCUUUUCCCUUGAAGUCAAAAUCAAUCUACUACACUAACUAAAACAUCACUAAAAUCUCAAAUUCCAGAUCAACCAGAAGCCUGUUAGACUGCACAUUCCUACAAGACGCAUUCGCAGACAUUCAACUGUGGUCCCAGUGCUACAUCAAGUACCAAGUUGAGCAUGAAAAGUCUCGUGAAUACAUAACAGCAAAAGCCAAGCAAAACGAGCAAUUCGCCGAUUUCAUUCGCUGGAUCGAAAAUAUGCAGUGUUUCGACCGCCAAAAACUGUUCGAUGUCAUGUCCUUCCCCUUCCAACAUCUAACACGGUACCCGCUACUCGUGGCUACAUUAGAAAGAACGGCCUUAAAAGCGGCCGAUCGGGAGCAAAUCAGGUUGAUGAUCGAGAGUGCAAAAGAAGCUACCCAUAGCUUUAACAACUUUGUCGGCUUGAACCUCUUAAUGGAAAAACUACACACCAUAAUGGGUCAGAUUGAAGGUUGCGAAUUUGUGGAUUUUGACGAAUAUCAAAAAAUGAUCGACCCCAGGCCACAAAUGAUCAACCUACUCCUACCCAUGCCUAUGCUACCAAUCCGAGCCUACCGUGAAUGCUUCCUCCGUAGCGACCUUAAGCUAAGGGAAUCGAAAAGCAGUCAGAAGAUUGAUGCUCAGAUUAUGUUGUUCACUGACAUGUUGUUGAUAUGUAAAUGCCUGCGACGUGAUAAAUUUCGACUGCUCAAGCCACCAAUUCAUAUUACGAGUCUCUAUUGCAAGGCGUUUGUAGAUAGCAGUACUGGCUUCUAUUUAAUGUCAUACGAUUGCUUUAACGUUUGCGUUAACUAUUUGACGUUCUUUACAAAUUCGAAAGAACAGACACAAACAGUGAUCGAACAGAUUGAGUUCGCGAAGAGCAACUUCAAGGUGAUUCAGAAGGCCUCAAUGGACGAACGAUGUAAGUUUGGUUUCGAAAUCAUUUUGCUUUGAGUUUGAAAUUCAUUUGAAGUUUCAGUGUUAGCUUUAUUUUUUAUUUUUGGUACUAUUUUAUUUUUUAGUUUUGUGUUUAUCUUGUGUCUAACAUAGCUUAAUGAUUAAGUUAACAACCUUAAUGUGACCUAUCUAAUAAGUUAACAAAUGUUUUGUUUCAUCUAACCUAAUAUUGUGAAUUUUGUUGUAAUAAAAGAAUGCUGUAAAAGUCUUGUCGCUUUUUAACGUUUGUGUCAAUGGAAAUUUACGACAAAACUUUUUUUAAACUUUAUAUUUUAACCCAAAAUUGCAAAUUUUGUUGUGGAUUAGACCAGUGAAUAAAGGGGUAUUUUUGAUUUGGAUCAGGUAAAAAAGUGAUAAGAGAGAGCAGGGUAGGACAGGGUAGAUGGGGGAAGAAUCAAAAAUUUUUAAUUUUUUUUGAAAUUUAGAAAGGAGGGCCGCAUUUAACUCUACCCUAUCCUAACCGGCUCCGCCUUACCCUACUCUAAAUUGGCCCUAUCUUCCCCUACCCAAUCUUACUCUGCCAUACCCUAACGUUCACCCUUGUUCUUACCACUCCCAGCCUUAACUCUAAUCCCAAAACUCUAAUUAUUGUUAUAAACCUAACCCAAUGUCCAUUUUUAUUAUGUUUUGGCUAAGUCGUUGUGCUUGUAGAUUAUGCGUCCAACACAAUACCAAGAAUGAACGAUGGAAAACAACUCGACAGUUCGUUGUAUCAUCGUAAAAGUCAUAGUAUGGAUUCACAGGCCUUGGCGCAUCAACAGAGUAGAAAUAGUAAGUGGUUUAAAACUUUUUAAAUUUUCAAUUUUCUUUGAAAAUUUUAAAAGUUUUAAAAUUUCGUACUGUAUUGAGUACAAUGUUUUUGACCUUUUUAAGCUUUGGAGCAUUAUUUUCUUGUCCUGUUACAGUAAUUUUGUUGUAUUUUAGUUGAUUAUUGGUUGAUUUCAUGAUUCUUAUUGUCAACAUCAUUAUAUUAAUUUUAUUCAUUUCCAUUUUUUUAAUUUUGGGUAUUUUUUUACUGUAAUUACAGUAUCCUCUCAGUAUAAGAAAGACCUAAUGGCACUUAAAGCUAGUCUUAAAAAUUCUAAAAAAACAUAAAAAGACAGUAUACCUACUAAAAUAUCAGACAUACAUCAAUAUCUCUCCUUUUGACUUACCUUGUAAUAAUUCUUCUCAAAUUCCAGACGGCCUCCGCAAAGAAUCCGAAGCCUCAUCAGUAGACCAACUAGACCGCCGUGGCUUGGACCGUCAUCCUCCUCUUCCAGCCAAACCACAAAAAAUCCUUGUCGACGAUGAUCCGGACCUCAAUAUCAGCCCAGAUUCAUGUGUAUCAGCCCUCGUAGCCGUGCCUCCACUUAUGAUGAACUCUACAACUUCUACCGGAGAAUCCUCACGAUGUAACACACCAGUGACGCCAAGUGGGGAUUCACCAACGUCCGGAAGAAACACUGGACGAAGGUUCGAGAAGAGAUAUCACACAGUUAGUGGAGAGUGCGAUUCAGCCAAAGGAAUGCCGUUUAAUGCUGGUGUGAUUGGACAGAACAUUGUUAAGAGGUUCUCGUGGAACGUUGGAUCACAGAGGAAGAUUAGUAACAAGUUGCAUGACACCGUUAAUGUGAGUUUCGAGUUUUGCUUGGAUAGGAAGUUCAAAGAAGGGCCUAAGAUCAGGGCACCCCUUGACCAAAUUACCAAAAAAAAUUUUUUUCGGAAGGGGAAGGAGAAGGGGGGGGGGGAUAAUUUUAAAGAAAAAUUUUAUUGAAAUUUUGCAAAAAUUUUAAAAUUCAAAUUUCGGUCGAAAUUCCGUGUGGGUUUUGCGAUAUUUUAGAGCAGGGUCAUUCGACCGGUUCCUCGAUAUAUAAAACGAGAUGUAGCGGGGAUAAAGGAAUGGAAUUACAGAAAUGCGAAGGUCGUUUUCAAGGUGGAAAAUCUCGAAUUUUGGAUAUGAAUUCAAAAAGUGAUUAAUUAGGGAAAAAAAUGUUGAAAUAUGAAAAAAAUUAAAAUUUUAUAUACGAAAAAAAUUAAAUUUCGCAAAAAAUUUAAAACUGGUAAUCUUAAAAUUUUAAAACGACCUUAUCCUGACCUAACUUACCAUUCCCUUUCUCAUCUUGCCCUACCCUGUCCUACCGUACCCAAUCCUCCCUACUAUACCCUACCUUACCGUACUGUACCUGCCCUGUCCUACUGCUCCUUAGCUCAACCCUACUCUUACCGUAAUCCCAUCCUGCCUUGUAAAUUUAAAUUUAAAAUUUCAGAAAGCCACGUUGGGAAACCGUCGAUUCAGCCAAUCUACGACAGAAUCCAGUGACUCUUUUGGCUCAUCAACUUCUGGAAUAUCGUCAUCCUCCUCACAUGACAAUCAUAAUCUACAUCAAUCCAACGAUGAGCUUCUUAACAGUAAUAUUGCCCGAGUUCGAAUUGAUGAAAUGUCGGAGAUGAACCAUUACCACUUCCAAGGCCGUAACAGUACCAAUAGCACUAAUAGCAAUCAAAGUUCACACGAUACGCUACGGUCUCAGGAGACGUUACGAUGUCAAGAUACGUUGAGGUCUCAUGAUGCUCAACGAGUACAUGAGACGAACAGAACACGUGAUACUCAAAGACAACACGACGCCCAACACUCCCAUGAUACCCUACGUGAUGACAAUAGUAGACUAAUAUCUCUCAACGUCAACGAAGAUAUCAGAGAAGAAGAAACUAGUCCAAAACCGGUCGAAAAACCGCCCCCAGUACCGCACGAACCACCGCCAGACACGGAGAGUAGCUCCAGUGACGGUGAGAACGUGGAAAACAAAACCAAUAUACAAAGGAAUGGCAAUAAAAAGCUACAACAUCAACAACAAAUCAGCCAGGGAGAUGAGUUGGAAAAGUUUUUAAAAACCGACUCACAGACUGAUUUGUUCAGGCUUAUCCUCAGCGAUGAUGUCGACACAUCGUAAGUUUCAUUCCAGUUAUUAGGCAACAAAAUAUAUUGUAAAAUACGUCAGCCUUUUUGCGGUAUAUCUUGUUUAGCUAGCAAUUUUGCAAAAUAUUGGUGCCUAAAACAAUGUAAAUUCAAUUAUUAAUUUCAGAAUUGUCUAA